UUCACUUGGUCCGACUGACUGGUGCUCUGUGAGAAACCCAGAGAGAGAGAGACAGAAAGAGGGGGGCAUGCACAGAGCGAGAAAGAGAAGGGGAGAGAGAGAGAGAGAGAGGGAGACAGAGAGAGAGAAUGUAUGGUGAAAGGGUGGUGCUUCCUUGCUUGUUUUCUGGGCCUUUGUAAAACCAUGGGAUGUAUCGGCUCCAAGACUCUCAUCGCAGAUGGAGUUCCGGUACGGAAGGACGGGGAGCAGCAUGGACGUACAGACUUUUCAUGGGAAGGACUCAAUCUCUCAAUGGAAGACACCACCUCCAUCCUCCCACGCCUGAAACGAAACUCCAACUCCAACUCCAACUCGUAUGGGAUUGGUGCUCUGGCUAAGUCCUCUCUGUCAGGUGUGUCAGGUGUGACACGGUCCAUGAAGGACAAAGUGACCAAGCCAACAGCAAUGGCCCAGGGCCGUGUGGCUCACAUGAUUGAGUGGCAGAGCUGGGGCAAACCAUCUGCCGGACCAGAGGGGGGUGCAGGCCGCGCCAACCUGACUCGCGAGCGGGAGAGGCGGCUAGAAAACGAUGCCUACAGUGACUUGAGUGACGGGGAGAAGGAGGCACGCUUUGCAGCUGGAGUGAUGCAGCAGUUUGCUAUCUCAGAAGCAGCCCUGCUGACCUGGAACUCUAUGGAGGGCGACAGUCUAUGCGCAGGAUCCAACCAAGGCAGCGUGGGCCACCUCAGCGAUGCCAACCAAGAGAGCAUAACCAGCAGAGAUCAAAUAUUACACCAGUCUGCAGCGGAGGUGUGGCCUCACACAUACGUGUCUCAGGGCCUCUACUGUCUCUCCUCCUCUGAUGCCUGGGAGCCAAUCACGGAUGAGCCCGCCGGGGUGGCCUCCCCCAGCGGCGGGUCUUACGUCAUGAUGGGCGGGACUCCCUGCGAAGGCUACGAUGGCAGCGGAUCACAAUAUCUAUCCCAGCAGCAGCAACUUAACCUGCAGCACAGUCAGCUGCAGCAGCUCCAGCAAAUACAGCAAUACCAGCAGCAUCAGUUUCUGCAGUAUCAGCAACAGUCACUGGACCACAGGUUCCAGAGAGCCACCCGCUCCCUGCAAGCCACGCCCAACAGCACUAUCCACAGUCUGGGCCCUCCCACUCACCCACGAUUGGCUGAUUUGUGGGGGAUGGGCCAAACCGAGGUGUAUCCGGUGGAUGCUGGUGGAUAUGUGGGCGUGUCAGCAGUAGAUGGGGAAGUGAUGUCGACCAAUGGAGUGGAGGUUGGAACAGAGAGCGAAUGUCUGCUGCAGAAACAGGAAGAGGAGACCCAGGAAGAGGAAAUUCCAUCAUGUACAGAGCCUGAGUCUGUUACUCUGACCCCACCUUUGCCAAGUGAAGAGAUUCCCCCUACUGAGGCCUGCAGUCCAGGACAAGCACCAGAGUCAAUCACGGAGUGCAAAACCUUUGAUGUCACUUCCUGUGUUGUACAAUCCUUAGAGGAGAAGAAUGAAGGGGCUGAAGUUGAGGCAGUUGCUGUGGCAACCAACUGAGAUGCAAGUUAAUGCCAGAGACUAACAGACACUGACUGAUGAAAAUAAUUUCUGAAAUAAUAAUCAAACGGAUCAAGGUAUUCUGUUCCUUUCCAGGUAUUUAUCCUCUGUGUGACUGGUCAAAUUUUAAAGACAUUUUAUGAGAUGGAAAAGACGGACUGAACACCACAAACGACUGAUGGCUCUGCGUAUCUAGGAUUACGCAGGGGCAUUCAGCGGCAUGGAUGAAGAUGAAAGAGAGAAAGGAGAUAACAAUACCAGCGGCACCAACGAAGGUAUGACAGCGUGGAAUAGCGAAUGCCAAAAGUAAGUCAUAAAGUGCAUGCAUAAGACUCAAGUCUGUCACCAUUAUGAAUAUAAUCAUGACAAAUUAUAACAAACAAUUAUCAUUUUUAAUAAACCAAAAUGUGAUAUGUACAUGUAUAAAUGGUCAUAAAAUAUAUAUUGGCAGACAUCGUUUUUGAAUAUCCCAACCGCAUAUGAAAAGAUCCCUAUAUAUCUGUGGUUUGAAUUUAAAUACCAGGUACAAAAAAAAAAAACUGCUGCCCUGUUCAUGUCCUGUUCACUAUGGCCACGUACUGGUGUAUUUGGACUGUUCUGUAUUAGCUUAAUGACUUUAAAAUGGUCAGUUGCAUUAAUUUCAUUUAUUUUUUGUCAUUUUAAAACAAGUUUUGUCCUUGCUUCUCAUAAAAUUGGACACAUUUAUGUACAAUUAAUUUCAAUCCAGCAAUUAAUUCCCUGAUCACCUUGUGUACAUCCUCAAUGAAUAUCUCCUCAAUUAAUAGCAUACAGUAAAGUGCGUGAGUAUUUGGACAAUGACACAAUUUUUGUUGUUUUGGUUCUGUACUCCAGCACAUUGGAUUUGAAAGCUAAAGUGCAGACUGUCAGCUUUAAUUAGAGGGUAUUUGCAUCCAUUUUGGGUGAUCAAUGUAGCAAUGUAAAUGCGACAAAAACCAGUCAUAACAUGAUGGCAAAGCCGUACAAAAAGAGUGGUCGUGUGCAAUUGUACUCUUGCAACGUUUUCUUCCAUAGAGUAAAAGCAGUAUAACAACCCUCAUAUUAAAGAGUACUCUACAUGAAAAUGCAUGCUCACUGCAGUUCUACACAGUAUUUUAUUAUCCCAUCUGAAUUUUUAUUUUGUUAUUGUCACUAAUUAUACACACUGCGACGUUUUUUCUGACCAUGUUAAAGCAUAGCCAGUUUAAUGCAGUACUUGCCACACAACAGUUCAACAGUUCAGUUUGCUUUGGGAAGGGACCCACAGAGAAUUGCACCGGGCCCAGAAUUUAGUGCUACACCCCCGGAGUAUGCUAACAUAACGGGUACUCCCCCUCACCAUAGGGUCUUGAUAAGAGUGACAGUUUCCUUUGAUCAGUUUGCAUUCUUUACAGAUUUUUGUUUUGCACAGUCUGACAUUUUGAACGAUUUCCAUUUCUUAUCUUCAAUUUUUAAUUGUGGGUUCAUGGAAGGAUUUGAGGACACAUGCUCCACAAUUGUAGAAAUGGUAAUAAGAAUGAAAAUGGGCAAAUAAUUUAUUAGCUGAUACAAGUACUAUGAAACCAUUACCAACGGACACCAACAAAAUGUAUUGUUAUAACAAAUAUUGUUGAAUAGGAGUACUCUUCGUGGGAAUCAUUGCUAUUUGACAGUGUGUCGACUGCCCUGUGCGUAUGAGGAGUGUAUUUGCCUCUGAAAAGAAGAGUGUUUGUUGGACAUGGAAUGAAAACAGAUGUAUUUUUGCAGAUAUGUAUGGUACAUGAGGUAUCUUGCUGGUGAAAAAGCUAUAAAAAUGUAAAAAUUGUGGUAAUGAUGAUGGUAUGAUGAACAGAAUUUAUUUUUAUUGUAUGACUGUUGAAGAUUGUGUCAAAAAAACAAAAUAUAUCUUCUGACUUGAA